UCGCCAUUUAGCCUCAUCAAGCAGCGAGGGACAGGGAACCAGGCAAUCCAAGAUGGCGCGGCACGUAUCUUGGGAAGAGGCAAGAAACCAUCUUCGGAGAAUGAGAGAGGACCAGAUUAGAGAUGGACAAACAGUUGUUUCACUUUGGGAAGAUGUGCUAAUGGCAGAAAGAAACAAACUUGGAGAUGAGUUGUGGACAGUGUAUGAACAAGUCUGUAUUGCUGCACUCGACUGUCAAAGAACUGACAUCGCAGAGACCUGUAUAGAACUCCUUAAAGCCAAAUUCCCCAAAUCGAUGAGAGUGAAAAGAUUGCUGGGAAUGAAAUUUGAAGCUGAGGAAAGGUUCAUUAAGGCUGGGGAGUUAUAUGAUGAUAUAAUCAAAGAUGACCCCACAAAUAUGUUUGCCAGGAAAAGGAAAGUGGCUAUAUGUAAAGCACAAAACAAAAUGGUAGAGGCAAUUGAUGAAUUAAACAAAUACCUCAAACAAUUUAUGACAGACUUUGAGGCGUGGAUGGAGCUGUGUGAUCUAUAUUUAGCUGUUCAAGACUACACCAAGGCGGCAUUCUGUAUGGAGGAAUUGAUCAUGUCUAACCCCCAUAAUCACCUUUAUCACCAAAAAUUUGCAGAGAUAAAAUACACAAUGGGUGACCCAGACAGUAUGGCUGUUGCCAGGACCUACUUUGCACAGGCCAUAAAACUUAAUCCCAACAGUGUACGAUCCCUGUACGGCUGCUUCCUGGCAUCUUGUAACUUAGCAACCAGUGCAAACAGGAAAGACAAACAGAGUAAUAUUAAAUAUGCAGCAUGGGCUGCCCAACAACUGAAGGAAAAAUACACUACUGUCCAGCCAGAAGACCUUACAAAUCAGACCAGGGUAUUAGAGUCUAUAGAGCGAGUGUUGGAAUCUCUCACAGAGAAAACAUCUAACUGAACAAAUAUUUCCCCAAUUCCUCACUUUGUGAUCUGGACACACCACUCGACGCACUUUUAGGCACCUCUUAACGUGUUCAUCUGGAAACAAAUCUUGUCACCACACAGUAAAUCACUAUGCUGUGAACUACAUAGUAAACACUACAAGAACAGCUGACUUAUAUGUUUACAGGCAGUUCUCUGUUUCAGUAAAAUGCAAGGAAAAGCAAACUUUGAGCUAUGUAACACAUUCUGUUGUGCAAUUCUGAAAGAAAUGAGAACUUCUGAAAGAAAUGAGAACUUGUCGAAUGUUAAUUAUUAUGUAAUAUAUGUAUGUAUGAUUAUGUAUUAUAUGUAUGUACAGGUUUAUGUGUCUGUGGGGGAUGGGAGUCUGAUAUCCAAGACCAAUUGUUUAUACACCCAUGUGAAGGAGAGUAUUCCAUUGAUAAUUCACCUUGUUAUCAAUGUGUCGACUUUUUUGGCAUGUUUUUACCUUGGUAUUUGGUAAGAAAUUCUGAAUAUAAUGUGAAUAUGUGUAAUUUAUUUUUCUCUGACCAUUAUACAGAAAAUUGAUUGCCAUUUCUGGUUUAUUCCUAUAAUCAGAGAAUCAGAAAAUUGUUGUUCUAACAUUUUUGGGGGAAAAAAAUGCAUACAUGUAUAUUGGGAUUUUUUUGUUGUUAUUUCUUGUCACAUCUACAAAAUGAUCCAAGAAUGGAAGUAAUGGAGAUAUUCUGUGUUCUUUUAUUGUGUUUACUAAGGACAUACAUGUAUUAAAUGAUUAUGUGAUUUCACAAGAUUUGUUGGAAUCUUUCAUUGUCAGUCUUUGGUUUUACUUCUUUUAUAAAGUUGUAAGCUAUUUGCAAAGAAUCCAGUUCUUAUGAUAUUGAGCAUUUUGCUUAUCAAAUAAAGCAUAUUUGUUCACAGAAACAGUCCAUAUGAAAAGAAAUAAAUUAAACAACAUAUCUUUUUAAGCCA